AUGGGUGACGUGGGUGAGGAGGAGUGGGAGCUGGUUGAUCCAAGCCCGGGUGGCUCGAAGGGUGCUGGAAAGAGGAGGCAGGGCGCCCCACUUUCGGCAAAGCAGCUCAAAAGGCUGUGCUUCAUUUGCCCAGAGACCAAAUUGAACAACUCCCGCUUUUGCCGUCCACACCACCGUGCCAUGGAAGCCAUGAAAUACCAGGCUGUCAGUGCCAAGGAGACGAGCGCGUUCAACCAAGUCAUGUCAGAUGCUGGCAAAGCAAGGAUUGCGAUCGAAGAGUUUCUUCGAGAGAAUCCUGCGGGCGCCAGCAGGAAGAAAAUCAUCGACUGGGCUGCCUUCAAGAGAGCUACAGGUGUUCAGAACAAGUACACUGUGAGACAGGGCGAGGUUGAGAUGGACAUCGAUGACUACUUCGCGGAACGAGCAAAGCCUCGUGGCAAGACCCGCCAGGAGAGCGACAAGGAGUUUGAGGAGUUGGCCAAGAGUGGGAAGUAUGACCGUGAGGGCGAGGGCGCUUUCCUGAAGCUUUGGUUGCCAAGGCUGCGUGAGAGGAUGCGAGAUGUCGUUCACUACAGCGACGCCCAUGUCGAGGAGAGUGGAAAGCAGCUGAAGAACUUUGAGAAAGCUGACAAAGACGACUUGCUGAAUGUUUGCCUGAAGUCCAAUGCUAGUCACACAAGUGCAUUCAUGCGGCAGGUCGUGGGUGGCUCUCAGUCAAAUCAGACUGAGGAAGAAGAGGAGAAAGAGCCAGCAGCUGCUGCAGAGGCGCUGCCAAAAAAGCAGCGUUUCAGCUCAGUGUCAGACCAAGCACCCAAGCAGUAUGGCAAGCUGAAGAACAAGGAUAUGCCUGCGCUUACGAGGGUCAUGACGACAGCCCUGCAGAAGGUGGAGGCCAAUGAGAAGGAGGCAGAAACAAUCGCGAAGGGACUUGGCGCCCAGGACUUAGCUGCUGACCCAGAGCUUGCCGCGUACAAGAGAACGCUUCAGCUUCGAAGGGCGAUUGCUUCGAUCUGGAUGUGUGAUGAUCUGCGCACAGCUGAGAUUGCAUUGAGCACGAUACCUCGGGAAUGUUUCACCUCCGCCCCAGCAACGUCGGCCGCAGCAUCAGCCCCAGCCCCUGGGACUCCAAAGACUGCAGGCAGUCAAGCCAACGACGCGUCGCCUGAAGCCUUGAAGACUCCAGAGGUGGACAAGUCGGACAAGAAGGACAAGAUUGAGACAGAAGCUCAGGCCAAGCCAACGGAGGUGUCCUCAGGCUCUUCGCAAGCUGGUAGUGCUUCAAAGCCCAAAGGUUCUAAAAAGCCCUUGGGUGAGCAGAUCACUGAGAAGAUGCUGGGUGCAUUGAAGUCUGCUGGGAAAGAUGGGCUUGUGGUCCAACUUCCUGAGAAGCUGAAGGCGUCUUUGCACAUGAGCGAGUUGACAGAGAGCACACUGGCAGCGAGCGCAAUGGAAGAGCUGGAUGAAAGGGUUGACGCUUUCAAAAAGAGUGCAGAGCAAACUCGUUUGCUUGCAGCUUCCUUGACAAAGGCGGCCAACAACUUCCUGGGCCACAUCAAGAACUUGAAGAAGAAGCAGGAGCGAGAUGCCACAAAGCAAAAGAAGGACGAGGAGAACAGAGAGGUUUCUCGUGUAAAGGCUGUGGCAAAAGCCGCAGCCCAGCAGGUGAAGCAGGAGGAGAAGUCCACGCCGGCGUUGUUCUUGGUUGAUUUGGCCCAGAUGGAGAAUGACAGCUCCGUCUUGAAGUUCCCAGUGCAUGAUGGCAGUGUCAAAGAGAUUCCGAUGGACAGGCCCGUUCUCUUCAAGAACAUUCAAGCUGUGCAGGAGUGGGCGAAGCUACCCAAACUACAGCUUGCCCUGGGCACCUUUGGAGGCAAGUACAAGAAGGCUGACAGCUACAACUCCGAGGGCAAAUCUCAAACACCACUGUACAAUCGUGAGGGAAAAGAAGAGAGCCUCGAGUGCAUCAAAGGUUUCUUGCAGGCCGUGCCUGAGAGGCACCGCGUGACAGAGGAGAAUGCGUUCAGCAAGGUCUUGGAGACACCAUGGCUGUAUGGAUAUGACCCAGCGUUAACUAACGUGUCAGCCUGCCCCCUCGGGUUCCCCAUGUUCAAGAUUUUGGCGCAGGGCUCUGUCAAAGUCAUUGCCAUGGAGACCGUCUCUUUGCUUGCUGCUUUGCGAGCCGUCUUGCAAGUUGACAAAAUCAGCUAUGCGGAUUUGCCAAAGCUUGUGGGGAGCCUUGAUGGGGAGAAGCUCAAGCAAUGCAAGAGUGCCGGCCUGAAGGCGUACUACACAGUGCAGGAGGCUCAUGAAGCUGUGUGGGUACCGGCUGGUUGGAUUGUAGCCGAGCAGUCCAUGAAGGGGGUUCUCAUUUAUGGCCUGAGGGUGUCGACCUUGACUCGCAGUGAAGAGUCUAGCAGCAACUAUGAGACUCUCAUUGGGUUGUUCAGUGAGGCCAAGAAGAACGUUGACAGCAUGCAGAAAGUUCUUGAACUCCUUGAGCCGCUGUGA